UGUGGCUGUAGAUUCACAAAGAGAGAUGGAUUACUUGGUUUUGAUCCUGUGUUUGCACCUCCUCUGGGGCUUGUACCAAGCUCUCUCUUACGUCGCCAGGGGUGGCCGAAGAGCUCGGCCCUCCAACCUCCCCCCAGGUCCACGGCCUCUUCCGAUCAUUGGCAACCUCCUCCAGCUCGGAGACCUUCCCCACAAGUCCCUCGCCAACCUCGCUCAAGCUUACGGCCCCAUCAUCAAACUGGAACUCGGCUUUGUGACCACGGUGGUGAUCUCUUCACCCGCGCUCGCCAAAGAAAUCCUCCAAACCCACGAUGCGGUCUUCUCGAAUCGCAUGGUUCCUGAUUGCGUCAUGGCCCAUGACCAUGACAAACUAAGCCUGGCCUGGGCACCCGUAUCUCCUUUCUUCCGAUACCUGAGAAAAAUAUACAACUCGCAUAUUUUCUCCAGCAAGAAACUCGAUUUGAACCAACACGUGCGCAGCAAGAAAGUGCAAGAGCUGGUCAGCUUUGUUAGGAAAUACGCGUGCGCUGGCGAGGCGGUGAAUAUCAGCGAGGCAGCUUUUAGGACCAGCCUUAACGUGCUAUCGAGCACGAUUUUCUCUUUGGACACGAUGGAACCGUUGACUCCAGCCAGAGAGCUGAAGGACGUGGUGUGGCAAAUCAUGGUAGAGGUUGGAAAGCCUAACCUGGCAGAUUACUUUCCCGUGCUCAAGAAGAUUGGCCCCCGUGGUCCGAAGCAUCGCCUCGAAGCACAUUUCAAGAAGAUUUUCGACAUCUUUGACGACCUGAUCCAGAGAAGGUUGCAGCUGAGGAUGGAUACUGGCUCGAUUAAGUAUAACGAUGUUUUGGAUAAUCUUCUUGAUUUAGUGGAAGAUGAAAAUGAGACCCUGGACAUGUCCUUAGUCAAGCAUCUACUACUGGACAUAUUCUCUGCCGGUAGCGAAACCACUGCGAGUACUCUGGAGUGGGCGAUGACAGAACUACUUCGCAACCCAGAAAAGCUAUCAACAGCCCAAGCCGAGCUCCAUCAAGUCAUUGGCAAAGGCAAGCAGAUUGAAGAGGCCGAUAUCUCUCGCUUACCCUACUUACAAGCUAUCGUGAAGGAGAAUUUCCGACUUCACCCGUCAGCUCCUCUCCUUGUUCCUCGGAAAUCCGGAGAAGAUUUCAUUGCAGGCGGUUUCACAAUUCCAAAGGGUGCACAAAUCCUCGUCAAUGUAUGGGCGAUCGGUCGAGAUCCUAGCGUCUGGGAUGAUCCAGAAAAGUUCAUGCCCGAAAGGUUUCUUGGAUCCAAUAUCGAUGUCAGGGGACAAAACUUCGAGCUCCUACCUUUUGGUGGCGGCAGGCGGAUUUGCCCGGGAUUGCCAUUGGUCAUGAGAAUGUUGCCUUUGACGCUCGGUUCACUCAUCAAUAUUUUCAAUUGGAGGCUCGAAGAUGGUGUUACCCCAGAGAACAUGAACAUGGAAGACAAGUUCGGAAUAGCCAUCCAAAAGGCUGAAUCUCUAAAAGCUGUGGCCAUUCCUAUAUGAAAGAAGAAAAAGAAAUGCAUGUUGGGGUUACAUUCUACGUAAUUAUGAUAUAUUACGUUCGUCAUGGUCUAUUCAUAGAAAAAAGAGUAUAAAAUAUUUUUGGUAAAAUGGAUAAAUUCUCUUGAAUUUAGAUCCGGCAAAACUAUGAUAUUAGUGAAUAUAAUUUCCAGUUUCCAUGGUGAUAAAAAAAAUAAUGGUGUGUGAUGAUGGUGAAUUUAAUAGAA